AUGGUCUGGGACAAGGCCAGGGGGCAGCAGUUGGGACUGUGGGCCCCCAUGCUGCUGGGCUUGCUGCUGGGCGCCUGCCAGGCACACCCCCUCCCUGACUCCAGCCCCCUCCUCCAAUUUGGGGGCCAAGUCCGGCUGAGGUUCCUGUACACCGACGAUGCCCAGAGGACAGGGGCGCACCUGGAGAUCAGGGCCGACGGCACAGUGCAGGGUGCGGCCCACAGGACCCCAGAAUGUCUCCUGGAGCUGAAAGCCUUGAAGCCAGGCGUAAUUCAAAUCCUCGGGGUCAGCACAUCCAGAUUCCUGUGCCAGCGGCCCGAUGGGGUCCUGUAUGGAUCGCUUCGCUUUGACCCAGAGGCCUGCAGUUUCCGGGAACUUCUUCUCCAGGAUGGAUAUAACGUUUACCAGUCUGAGGCCCUGGGUCUCCCGCUCUACCUACACCCGCCCAGUGCCCCAGUGUCCCGGGAACCAGCCUCACGGGGCGCCGUCCGCUUCCUGCCACUGCCAGGACUGCCACCUGCCUCCCUGGAGCCCCCUAGGCCCCCCGCCCCGGUGCCUCCAGACGUGGGUUCCUCAGACCCCCUGAGCAUGGUGGGGCCCCCAGAGCGCCACAGCCCCAGCUACACGUCCUGA